AUGGGGGACGCCGCUGGUUUGACUCCCCGUCAGAUUUGGGCUCAGCCAACGUCCACGACCACUACGAGUUAUCACCCCGGUUGUACGCCGUUUCUCCUCCCACAACAUGGUUACAUUCAUUUGAACCGGACUGCGACCCUCACUCUGACGCAGAACGCGGUCUUUGAGCCUCUCUGUACGGGCGAGCCAUCAAAUGUUACGAAUCCUUCUGCCGUGCUAGAUACCCGCGACCCCUUUUAUUCGUCCGUCACGCCGCAGUUAUAUGCGAUCGGUUGCGCCACUGUUGUCAGCUAUCUUCUCGUUAUUAUCCUCUUGAUUACUCCUCGUACAUAUUACAUUGGUGGCCCUAGUGGUGGCGCGAAUUUUCUGAGUCGACAUGGCAUGCUUGGGGGUUCAUACAGUGGUGGUUCCUCGACUGUGGGAGUCGGUGGCCGGCCAUGGCUUCAAAAAGUUGCUGCAAUAUUGGUUGCCAUCUCAUUGACCAUCGCGAGCGCGGACUCGUUCAAGGUUGCUGAAAGGCAAUAUAUAUACGGAUACUCGGACGCUGAAGCACUGACUGCAGAGGUUAUUGAUGGGAACGAAAUUCGAAUAGUUCGCGUCAUAUCUAGCACUUUUCUCUGGCUUGCUCAGGUCCAAACGUUGAUUCGACUAUUUCCGCGACAUAAAGAAAAAGUUAUGAUCAAAUGGGCUGGUUUUGCAUUAAUCGUAUUGGAUACGACAUUUAGCAUUCUCGAGAACUUCCUUGUGAAAUCGAAUACCACGCGACCACGGUUAUACGACGAUGCGAUUCCUGCACUCAGUUACUUAUUCGAGCUUUCCCUAAACUUGCUCUAUGCCGCAUGGGUUAUCUUCUAUUCCUUAUCGAAACACCGAUUCGCGUUCUUUCACCCGAAGAUGAAAAACAUAUGCCUGGUAGCCCUGUUAUCACUCUGCGCCGUGUUGAUCCCGGUUGUGUUUUUUGUGUUAGAUAUCGCAAAACCCGACGUGGCUGGCUGGGGUAGUUACAUCCGGUGGGUUGGAUCUGCCGCAGCGAGUGUCGUGGUCUGGGAAUGGGUAGAACGGAUCGAGGCCUUGGAGCGCGAUGAGAGGAAAGAUGGAAUUCUCGGAAGGGAGAUCUUUGAUGGCGAUGAAAUGUUGGAGAUCACGCCAUCUGAAGAAGUCGAUUGGCCGCGCCAAACGUACAACGGGAAUGAUCGAGGUGGUGGCACAGGGACAUCGUCAGGAUGGGGAGGCAUGAUGGGCUUAGCACAUCAUCCGCUGCGAACCCGAAAUAAUGGACAUGGAAGACAGCCUGGCCCACAGAAUCAAACAUACGCCCUCUUUGCCGAGUCACGACGCCGGAGAGCAGCCCGGCCCACUCCACCACCGGUAGCGGUCACGCCCGUCAGUCGGGCAGAUACCAACAGUGCAGCGAGCACAGUCUAUAAUGUCCGCUAUCACCCUGUCUCGAGUCCCACCCCGCCAGUUAUGAUGCCUUAUAUGGAAGAGGAGGAGGAAACGGAUGGGCCCAAAGAGGAGCAUAACAGACAGCAUAACGAUCAUUCCGACGAAGCUCUUACGGCGCAACAGCAUCGAGAAAACCUGACUCAAACCGUCCACACGGAUCCGCGAUGGCGGAGUCUAUUGAACCCAUUCAAACGAAGACGUGCAUCCCCGCCAAGGGAAGUCGCUUCCGCACAGGCAGAGCACCCCGAGGAGAAAGAGUCCGAUUUCUCCGAAGACGAGGGGCACGAACAGCAGUGCAAUGUCCCGCGCAGAGACAAUCACUUCUUCCCUUUCCACCGCAAAAGGGGUCCUGCAAGCGGACGUCAAGCUGCUGAUGCAUCCUUGCCGGUCACCGUUAUUCCUGCCCGGAAUCAGGGACAAAGCACCUGGUCGGCACAGCUAUUCAAUGACUCCAGUCUUCUUGAGCAGGGCCGUCGUCCAACCUCCAGCCAUCCGGUUUCCGGUCAUUCUAAUCUACCCGUGAGGGUUCCAUCGCAAACGCGGGUUGCUCCGCCAUGGGCAACCGAUGAUAAUGCCAACCAUUAUGAACUGCGCUAUGACCCCGAAGCGGCGGCUCUCGUUGGGCCCGAUGACCAUUUCCCGGACCACCUUUCUGCAAAUCACGCACAGGAUGCGUCUCAAGCUUCUGAGGGGGAUCUAUACAAGGCGGUGUGA